AUGGAGACACGGAUUGUGUAGUUGUGUGAGGUUGAUAUCAGUUGACGCAAAAUACAACCGAGGGAGCGUCAGGCGUCUGUCAUAAGCGUCUUGUGCCCUAACCUAUAAAUUUGAUCAUCGGUUACCGAGACGAUUUAUUUACUCACUUUAUCAAAUAAAAAUAAACGGGGGAAAUCUAACAGAGUCUAAGAAGAUCGAUAGCGAAAUGCCACCGAAAUGUAAAUUUCAAGAAGGAGAAAAAGUACUCUGUUUUCACGGACCAUUGAUAUACGAAGCAAAAUGCCUGAAGUCUUCGGUUACCAAGGAGAAACAGAUUAAAUAUCUGAUACACUAUGCGGGUUGGAACAAAAAUUGGGACGAAUGGGUGCCAGAGAGUCGAGUGCUGAAGUACAACGAGUCGAAUGUACAAAAACAAAGGGAAGUGCAACGUGCUCAUUCAACUCAGCAGCCUUCGCACAAAGGUAAAAAGACUGGCACCACUACUAAAGCCCAAGGGCGUAGAAGCGAGAGUGGCAGAGAGAAAGAUAGUGAAAGUCGGGCAAGUACUCCUGUUGGAAUAGCUGAGAAAACGGGGGGCCGGUCAACCAAAGGGCUUGGCGGUGGUGCUACACCGUCAUCGUCCCAUGAUUCGUCGUCUGAUGCACCUCGCAAAAAACGAAGCCGCGUUGAUCCUUCAGUGGAAACAGAGGAGCAGUUCUUGACAAAAGUUGAGGUGAAGGUGAAAAUGCCGGAUGAGCUGAAGCCGUGGCUUGUCGAUGAUUGGGAUGCUAUUAGCAGGCAACGUAAACUGGCAAUACUACCUGCAAGGAAUACAGUCGAUCGUAUUUUGGACGAUUACGUCAAAUUCAAGACAUCUAGUAAAACCAACAACCCGAAUAAAGAAAGCGCUGUUCUAGAAGUGACAAAAGGCGUGCGAGAGUAUUUCAAUGUAAUGUUAGGUACGCAAUUACUUUAUCGAUGGGAACGUCAACAAUACAGUGAAGUAAUGACCGAAAAUCCGGACUCACCUCCCAGUCAAAUUUACGGAGCUUUCCAUCUACUCAGGCUAUUUGUGAAACUUGGCAGUAUGUUAUCUUACACACCGCUGGACGAGAGAAGUAUUCAGUUACUUCUGGCGCAUAUACACGACUUUUUGAGAUACUUGCACAAGAACAGCAGCGACUUAUUCAGUCUUCAAGAUUACGGAGCAGCACCGCCCGAAUAUCACCGUAAAUGCAAUUAAGUUGAAUGAUAUAACAUUUAUAUUAAAACGUUAGCAAAAUGAGCCCAACGCAUCCAUUUUACCGCUUACUAUAAUCACUGUCAAACUGUAUUGUCAUUCUUGUAUUUACUAUGCAAUUUCCGUAAUAUUUUCAUCGUUCACUAUAGUUGUUUAACAUUUUCGUAAACAGU